UCUUCGAUGUUCUGACCGAAUCUUUUCAGCGAGAGCGAGGUUUCUGGAUCUUUUCAGAUCGACUGUAAUUUAAUCAAAAUUUAAUGCGAUGACAUUUUGCAAGCAUUUUGCACACGAAAACUGCAUUCAGCAUCAUAUGUAAAGAAAUCAGUGCCACCUCUGUCGCUGCUGUCACGCUCAUUCUUGACAACGUCGUUAGUACCAGAUGACUUCAUACACCUAACGUAGAUAUCGCUUUACUGUAACGUUAUCUCAAUCAGAGAGGGUUACCACUAGAUUCGGACAGAAAUAUCAAGCAACAGAUAAUCCGAAGGAUCAACAGUUUGAUUAAAGGUUACAAUACACAGUCCCACUGGAGCUCGUUCAUUAAGGUUAUCUGUGUCAUGCAGCAGAAAGUGUGCACACGCAACACAGCGCUGUUUGUGAAGAACGGGCAGGCGUGUGGCGCCGGAGCCCCUCCUCAGCAUCCUUUCCACUGCCCUCGAUGUGGAGAGCAUGAACGUUUCCACAGUCUCUCUUCUCUCAGAGCUCACCUAGAAUACAGUCACCGGCUCCACACGAAACGUGACAUCAGCCUGCUGUCCGCCAGGGAUCUCUCCAACACAGAGCACAUGGAAAGUUGCAAACCCUCCAAUACAGACAUGCAUAAAGUACGUGGUGUCGGCACGAACACUAACUCCACUGCGAGAGGAGAGCACAAGCACUUAUUCAGCGCUGACCAAACUCCAUCUCAGCAGCCCACAGAGCAAAAGCUCCCGCCCCCAGAGAGGAGCCUCAGCGUUGGAGCCGGACCCCUCUCGGCUCCUGUGGCGUCAGUGGAGAAGAGGCUGGAGGGGAUGAUGAGGACAGCCAAUGGCAGCAUGGAGCGACGUCUGCUGCGGCUGAGCUCAGAGCUGGCACAGACAGACACGGCUAUCCUGUGUGAGCGCGCUCACUCGCAUCACCUGGCGCAGGAGAAACAGGAAGUGCAGGAGCGAGAGCGGGCGCUCAGCAGACAGGUAGACACCGCCGUUCUGGUAAUCGCCACACUGAGACAACAGCUCAGCGUCUCAGAGCACGAGCUGGAGAGGAGAGAACAGGAAGUUGUGACCAUCCAGAGGUUUCUGGAAGCAGCGGCACAGCACGAGAUGUGCGGGAAGGUUCGUCUGCGUCGGUUCAUCGAGGGCCUCUUGCGGAGGAUUUCUCUGGCCGAGAGACUCCUGGAAUAUUAUCAGAGCGUCCCUCACAGGCAUUAUUGCACGGCUCACUCUGUGCCUCUGCCAUCAGAGCUCGGUCCACAUAGAAUAACACAAAGCAGGUCUUCAGGAGAUCAUCUUGAGCAGGACGAGGAGCAGCAGUUACCCGGUCAUUCUGGAUGGGGGCUGUCCAAAGGUGCUUCUGGGAGACUGGGUUACGACAGCUGGUCCCAGCGGAGGAGGUCAGAUGGGUACGAGGUUUAGGGACAGUGGCGGAGCUCAGCAGUGACUGUACAUGCAAAUAACACUAUUUCAGAUAUUACUGAAUUAUGUUGCAUCUAUUAAUAAUUAUACAGUGGAGUCAAAAGUCUGAUACCAGAUUGAAAAUCAUAUUUAUUUUAUUAUUUUCAUUACUGCUCCAGUCUACCUGUAUCUUUUUGUUUUUUCUUGCAAAAAUAGUUUCAGGUUGUCAAAUGCUAAGAAAUGUUGAUAUUCAUGUUACAGUUUCACUAGAAGCAGACUGUUGGACACCACUGUAUGUAAAUAUGAGUUUUACAAAAGCCCGAUAACAGCAGCGAUGUCCGACUACAGAAAUAUUUUAAUGAUAAGAUUGGCUGUAGAAUGAACACAUGGUGAAGUUGCCCUUUAAUUCAAACAGAUACAGCUGUCAUUACAAGUCGCUAACAGGAAGUGAUGUCACAUGCUUGCGGUUUUCUAACAAACACUACUGUUCAGGAAAAUUGAUGUAGUUAUCUAAAUGCAGGAUGCUGUUAAAACAAAACCUGUGACGUACAGGCCAGAUCUUAUGCCACUUUAAGCUUGUAGUUUGUUCACAAACUUUCUCUCAUUGAAAAUGCACUGUUUCAGCAAGAAGAAAAAGUAUGUAGCAAGUUAUUAUUAUUUUUAUUUUUUUUGGUUUUGUUUUGAAGGUGCUGUUGUGUAUUUUUAACAGUGGUGCUACAUUUUAAUGGAUGAAUAUACAUUUCCUUGUUUAUGUUAGCCAGCCUCGUUAGAAGGAGAGAAGAAACAGAAGUCGCUUUAAAACAUGCAGCUAUUGGAAGACGAAUAGAUGUUGUUAAGUGUUCUUAAAUUAAUUGCCAAGAAGUUUGAUUAUAGGUCCUUUAUGCCAUUCUGAACAAUUGGAGCAAUAGCACUUAUGGUCUUUGGCUGAACUGUGAAAUUAUUUUGCACUUUCAUUUAAAGAGAUAGUUUACCCAAUUCUGUCAUCAUUUACUCACCAUAGAGCCCUGUGAAGAUGUUUUGAGAAAUUUCAUUUUUUUGGGUAAGCUAUCCCUUAAAAUAAUAAUUAUUACAAGUAUUAAAGUCCUUAAGUUGCAUCUAGCACUGAAAAAAAUGAAUAUUUAGUAUAAAACUGGACAGCUUCUGGCUGUUCUGACUGUACUGUUGUUUUUACAAGCUAAAGGAAAGUCACGAUUCAUUUUUGAGGCAUUCGGUAGCAUGUAUAUAGUUAAUACGGGACACGUCCCAGCCAGGAUUUUAAUAUCACCUAAAACAUCCAGAGCAGUUUGACCAAUAACAUGCAGGUAUUGUACGUAACCGACCAAUCGUGGGGCUGCGUGAGAGAAGGUGAGAUCUAGAGGGAAUGAUCAAAGCGAUGUAAAUAUGCGCACGUGUUUGUUCGUCCGUUCGUUCGAUUGACUCGAAGCGUCGCUCUGCACAAAUCCCAAAAAAAACAAAGUGGGCCACAAUGCUUCAAGUCAAACGAAGGAACAAACACGUGAAAGCGAUUUGAAAGCAUAAGGAGCCGUCUGCUCUGCUCAUAUAGCUCUCAUGAAUGUUACACAAUGAUCAACCUGCACAGUGCAAAAAGCCAAAACCUGGAUAUUUUAGGCAUAAUUUUAUGAACGAAGAGGGUGUUGUUCGUAAAACCAACAGAGCGGAGGAACAGGGUAGUGCUUUUGGUACUGUUAAUAGGUAUAACCUUUAUUUGACUUCAACUUUACAGCAUUUCGACUUCACGGUAUUCAAAAUCAGUGUUUUGUAAAUACUAGUAUGUAUUUUUAGCGAGACGCAGAGGAGAUCUCAUCCACCGCACCUUAGUCUUGACGAGAACCCAGUCAGUUUUAGGGGGAAAAAAAAGCCAAAUGAGGGCAUUAACUUACAUUUGAGCUAAGGCUACUUGUUUUGUUCAGUUUAAGCUCUGAAUUGAAGCUCUGAAAGUUGCAUGUGACCAGCUAAAUACGACCUCUUGGCUUCACGUGUGAGACUUUUACCUUUUUUGAACAAAUGUGCACAUACAAAAAGCCCAGCAGAAAUAACAAAACGGCACUUGGAUUUUGAGUUCAGAAGACGAAAGUAUAAAAAGGUGCUGUUUUGUUCAUCCACUCCAUUGUGUGCUCAGUUCUGACACUGUGACUGGAAUCUGAUUUUGUGGUCUCUUCAUGUUUCUGUGUCUCUCGUUUAUGUUGUGUUCAGUCCGAAAGAGAUCUAAAGUACUGUAGUGCUGUGUGAGCAUGAGGUAGUUCACAUCCAUCAGUGUUUUAUUGUGAGUGAGCAUGCUAUAAUGCUUUAAACCAGUGGCUCGUGCAAUAUGUGACAGUAUUUUCAUGAUUUUCAAAUGCUACCGUACAGAAGAAAUCUGAAGGACAUAAUAGGCUCAAACAAGGGCUCAACCUACUUCACACGUGAUUUUAUUUAUGUAUCUGUUUAUUUAUUAAUAAUUGAAGCUGAGACAGUGUUCCUAUGUACUUCAUUGUUACGUUAAAAUAAAUAUCAGCUGUUGUAUCAUGAAAAAUAGGUAUGAUGAUGCUUUUCUAAAACGAAUAGUUCUGUGAACUAGGUUGGACCCUGGAAAUGUAGAUGUGACAAUCAGAAGCAGAGCAAAGCUAAACAGCUUAAAGGUCUUUUGUUCUCUUGUUUGCUCUUUGUUGACAGUAUAGAUAUGUUGUGCCAUGUUGUUUUCUGUUCAAAAAUAUUGAAUUUGUGUUCUCUAGACUUAUUUAUUUUAAUGUUUGUGCCUUUCAUCUGCAUUACACUUGUGAUACUGUGAGAUCUGAAGUCUCACGCGAUCCUUGCUGCUGUAUGUGAUACUCUGGAUAAUAGAAAUGAGAUUAGAUUUCAUCAUUAAAGAUUGAUUUGUUAAUGCUAUGCCUGUUUUUCAUCUCUGCAGCAUUAUUAAAAUCUGAAAGUCUUUCAUUUUGAUCAGA